AUGACGAAGAAGGUCCCCUCAAUCGCCUCUUUCGGCUCUUCCAGCGAGUACCUUUCUCAGUCUCAGGCCAGCCUCCAGUACCGUCCGCGGCCCCUAGAUGAAUCCAUCCACCAUGAACACACCGAAUUCAACCCAGGAGCCUAUACCAGACCCUUCUGCGAGUUCAUGACUAAAAACCCAACCAUUUUCCACGCUGUCAACGCUUUCGCUGAGAAACUUGAGGCCAAGGGCUAUAUCAAGCUCACCGAGCGUGAGCCCUGGUGUCUCGCUCGCGGGAAGAAGUACUACGUCACUCGAAAUGAUAGUGCUAUCAUCUCUUUCGCCAUCGGCAAGCACUACACCCCGGGCAAUGGCAUGGCUAUCGUUGGUGGACACGUCGACGCUCUGUGCACAAAGCUGAAGCCACUCCCAACAGUUCCCAACAAAGCUGGAUACGUCCAGCUCGGAGUCGCCCCUUAUGCAGGUGCUAUGAACUCGACCUGGUGGGAUCGCGAUCUCGGCAUUGGAGGUCGAGUUUUGGUUCGUGACCCAAAAACUAAUAAGGUCGAGAGGAAACUGGUCAAGCUGGAUUGGCCAAUUGCUCGCAUUCCCACCCUUGCUCCUCACUUCGGUUCUGCCGCCGUUGGACCAUUCAACAAGGAGACUCAAAUGACUCCCAUUAUCGGGGUUGACAACUCGGACUUGUUCAAGGGCCCCGAGCUAUCGACCAAGGACUCGUACGGUGGAGACCUAGGUACCGACAACUUUACCUCUACUCAGCCCAAGGGACUUGUCACUGCGAUUGCCAAACAGCUUGACGUAGACCAUAGCACCAUUGUCAACUGGGAGCUAGAGCUGUUCGAUAUCCAGCCUGCACAGGUUGGUGGUCUAAACAAGGAUCUUAUCUUUGCUGGCCGUAUCGACGACAAACUAUGCUGCUACAGUGCCCAUGAAGCAGUCCUUGCAUCCCCUGAUCACAUGUCUUCCGGUAUCAUCAAGAUGGUUGGCAUGUUUGACGACGAGGAAAUCGGCAGCUUGCUUCGUGGUGGAGCAGAUUCCAAUUUCAUGAGCAGCGUCAUGGAGCGGAUCAUCCAGUCCCUGUGCCGUGAAAGCUAUGGACCCAACAUUCUCUCUCAAACUGUUGCUAACAGUUUCUUUGUAUCCUCUGACGUCACCCACGCUGUCAACCCUAACUUCCUCAACGCUUACCUUGAGAAUCACUCACCUCGUCUGAAUUACGGUGUUGCCGUUUCUACUGAUCCAAAUGGCCAUAUGACUACUGAGGGCGUUAGCACGGCGCUCUUCCAGCGUCUUGCCGUCAAGGGCGGCUGCAAGCUCCAAGUUUUCCAGAUUAGAAACGAUAGCCGCAGUGGUGGUACUAUUGGACCCAUGACUAGUGCAAGAAUUGGUAUGAGAGCUAUUGAUGUCGGAAUUCCGCAGCUGAGCAUGCACAGUAUCCGAGCCACUACUGGUAGCCUUGACCCUGGUCUCGGUGUGCAAAUGUUCAAGGCCUUCUUUGACCAUUUCGAGGAAGUCGACAAGGAAUUUGCAGACUUCUAA